AUGUUUCAUGUAAAAACCGUGCCAGCCCUGAAACGGGCAGGGGCGGGCAUUCCCUUUAAGCGAUUACUCUCCAGUCGAAGACUCCGAUCCUCGACCCCUGCGACCCAGACGGAGUCUCAGGACGACGGUUUUCAACAUGACUCUGUCAAGACGGAGUUUCCCGGACAGCCGAGGAGAAGAGUAGACCGAACCACCAGCACCACCGCUGCUGCUAAUGAGGUCUCCGUAGACUUUGACCAGGCACAGGGGGCUUACAAGAGCAAAGACUCAUUAGAGCUUCUCAGAAGUUUGGUGGUUUUCAAACUUUGCUCCUAUGACUUCCUGGUUGAAAAGAAUAAAGAGAUAAUGGACAUAGGUAAGAAGAUCCUGGGCCAGAGAGGCUUCAACCAGUUCAUGAAGAUGACGUUUUAUGGCCAGUUUGUCGCCGGUGAGGACCACAUGGCUAUCCGGCCGCUGAUCCAGAAGAAUCAGGCCUUCGGCGUCGGCUCUGUCCUGGACUACAGCGUGGAGGAAGACAUCAGCCAAGAGGAGGCUGAGCAGAAAGAGAUGGAUUCAUGUGUAUCCGCUGCAGAAAAAGAGAGCAUAGGCGAGGACCACAGAGAGAAAAAAUACAAAGCACACAAACAGUUUGGGGAUCGUCGCGAGGGAGUAACCGGAGCACGCACGUAUUUUUACGCCGAUGAGGCCAAAUGUGACCAGCAUAUGGAGACCUUCAUCAGAUGUAUCAAAGCAUCUGGUGGGAGUUCAAUGGAUGGUUUUUCUGCCAUCAAAAUGACUGCUCUAGGACGACCUCAGUUUCUGCUCCAGUUCUCAGAGGUCCUGGUUAAAUGGAGGCGAUUUUUCACCUUCCUGGCAUCACAGCAGGGGAAAGAUGGCAUGGAGGCAUUAGAGCAGAGGUUGGAGCUGACAAAACUGCAGGAAUUCCUGACCAAACUGGGUGCAAAAGGUGACUUGUAUGGCUGGUUUACUGGAAGUAAAGAGAAAUCUUUAGGAACCAUUGACAUGCUGGACUGGAACAGCCUAAUAGACGACAGAACAAAGAUAUCGGACCUGCUGGUUGUCCCCAAUGUAGAGCUAGGUACACUGGAGCCUCUGCUGGAGAAAUUCACUACAGAGGAGGAGAAACAAAUGAAGAGGAUGUUACUGCGCCUGGACAUCUUAGUCAAGCAUGCAAUUGAAAACGGUGUUCGCUUGAUGGUGGAUGCAGAGCAAACCUACUUCCAGCCGGCUAUCAGCAGACUGACGUUAGAGAUGCAGAGGCUCUACAACAAAGAAAAGCCCGUCAUCUUCAACACCUACCAGUGUUAUCUCAAGGAGGCCUACGACAAUGUAACUAUGGAUGUAGAAUUGUCUCGACGUGAGGGUUGGCAUUUUGCUUCCAAGCUGGUGCGUGGGGCCUAUAUGUAUCAGGAGCGAGAGAGGGCCAAAGACAUUGGUUAUGAGGACCCUAUUAAUCCUGACUAUGAGUCUACCAAUAUAAUGUACCACAGGUGUCUGGACUAUGUGCUGGAUGAGAUUGCGCUUAACAGAAAUGCCAACGUUAUGGUGGCUUCCCAUAAUGAGGACACGGUGAAACACACCUUGGGGAGAAUGAACGAGUUGGGCCUCCUACCCACAGAGAACAAGGUGUACUUCGGUCAACUACUGGGCAUGUGCGAUCAGAUCAGCUUCCCACUGGGCCAGGCAGGCUUCCCCGUCUAUAAGUACGUCCCCUAUGGGCCGGUGAAUGAGGUAAUGCCCUACCUGUCUCGGAGAGCCCUGGAGAACCGAGGCUUCAUGAAGGGUGCCCAAAAGGAGAGGGAGCUGCUGUGGAAGGAGCUGAAACGUAGACUUGCCUCUGGGGAGCUUCUCUACAGACCAUUGUACUGAGAAGAGAAGAAGAGACAAAGAGUGUGUCAAUGUGUCGUGUUUUUUAUUUAUUUUAUUUUGUAUCUUCUCUAGUUGAAGGCUGCUGCUGUGGCUGUCUGUUCUGUCUCUCCCUCUUUAAAGCUCUCCCUGGAUGUACAUCUCCUGUUCUACCCUGUCCUGGAGUUUUAAUGCUGAUGGACUGGUUUGGCAUGUCACUUUUCUGUUAUUCUGUCCUUGCAUUGCUGUUUUUCUCCAUUCUGUUCCUUGCUGAUGUAACCCACCUUCCCCUCCAUCCUUUCUUUUGUGUACUGCUCAUGCUCUCUCUUUUUCUUUUCCUUAUCUGCCUCCGCAUCCUUAAGCAUUCCUCAUUUUGUCUUCCCGUUGUCUAUAGAGCUCUGGUAUCCAUCAAGUGUGCAUCUUUACUGCUCCAAAAGGACUCCCUAAAAUGUCGGGCAUCUCUUUUUAUCACCCUAUUAAUCUUGGAGAGGGACAACAAUAAUAAAACAAAACAGCUUAGAUUUAAAUGGUAGUAAAGGAAAUAUCAAUAUUGCCCUCCUAUAAUAUUUUUUU